CGCGGCUUGACAACACAGCACGAGUUUCACCUUGUUGUGAACCCAGCUGCACACGAAAGCCAAAGAGCCCAGGAAGCAACAACAACAACAAGAAGCCGAGAUGCCGAAAUAUUGCUCGGUCCCAAACUGUAAGAAUGACUCCGGAUGCGGCAGCGACAGGAAAAGCUUCUACAAGUUCCCUCUACAGGACCCGGUCCGGCUGCAGCAGUGGCUGAGCAACAUGAGACGUGAGAACUGGACUCCCUCUCGACACCAAUAUAUUUGCCACGAACAUUUUGCACCUUCGUGUUUCAAGGUGCGAUGGGGCAUCCGUUACCUUGAGAGCGAUGCUGUGCCCACAGUCUUCCAGGAGGCGGAGAAACGGAAAGCAACAGAUCACAGUGAGAAGAAGCCAAAACGGCUUCGAGCUGACAGUAAUGAAAGCGGCGCAGUGUCGGAUGACAGGCAGGCGGCUGUUGAUGCUGUAGAAAUGGAAAGCACGUUCCACACGGUGCACCUGUACGAGAUCACUGUCGACCCAUCGCAGCCGGGAGAAACCAGCCUGGUGGAGGCGACUAAUGGAGGAUCUGACUGUUCUCUCCAGACAGAGCUGAACCCACCAGCGGACCGAUUUGAAACAGGAGGAAAUUUCCCUUUAACUUUAUUCCAGACAGUAAAUGAUCUAAGUAACAGUGGCGAGAACACGGAGGUGGUAGUGAUGUCUGAAUGCCCUGCUGGUGAAGGGCAAGAUGAGCUUGUGAAUGGAAUCACUGCAGCCAUUUUAACUCAGGGCCACGGGCUGGUCAUGAGUGACUCCACACUUGGCUGUACGGAUGAGACUGUGGCCUCUCUCCGUGUUGAAGAUGUGACUUGUACCACAGAAGGGUUCUCAGAAGAUCACGAAGGCCAUGAAACUCAAGUCAUUGCCUACUUCGAGACGAUACCUAACGUUUUCCCCAGUGAAACCUCCACCCACUUCACCUUCUCCCCGGAUACAGUGCUGUCGUCCGCUCUGAGCUCCAAACCCAUCACAUCCACUCUGCCUAUCGUGUCCAAACACGUGCCACCUUCACCCACGUCCCUGGUACUUACUGUGGAAAGACUGGACACAGAUGAAGGAGAGGGAGACGACGGCCUAUCGGAGGAGGACGGGAUUGAACGGCAGGAUCACCAGCUGGAGGAGCACUGCUACCAUAAGAACAGCUUGAGUAAGGAGCAGCUGGAGGCCAUUGUGGCUGAGCUGCAGAAGAAGGUGAAAGUGCUGCAACAGCGACAUCGCAGACACCUGGAGAAACUCCUGGGACUGGAGAACACGGUCAGCCAGCUGAGGCAAAGCAACAUGCUGAAUGAAGAGCGACUACAGCUGCUUGAGAGGGCUUACAUACAGACCAGUGCAGGAGUAUCAGAUGCUGGUGAGACUGUGACCAUCAUCUAUGAAGAGAACGAUGCUGCAUACUUGUACACGCCACUGAACAAUGCAGAAGAAAAGCUGUGAGGCCCGACUGACUGCGAACGUGCCACCUGUUUGUCUGUCUGCUGCCCACUGUGCCAUAAAGAGACAGGGCUAAUACUGUUGAAAACAAAAUGCUACCUAAUUUUUAUUUUUUUGUCUUUUCAGUUUCAGAUCUGUCUAUAAUAUGUGGCCGUGUGUUUGUUGUUAGAUCUACUGUGGGCUUUGCACAAAUAUGGAUGAAUAAAUUGGGACAAUAUUGAAUGUGUUUUUUAUGGGUUUCCCCCUCUACCCCUCCCUCCCUUCAACCACUUCUUUUUGUUUGACUUAUAAAGUAUUUUUGUAAGUGAUAAUGUACAUGUCAAAUAAAAAAAAUAACUUCCAAA